CCACCAUGCCUCAUCUCGCGGAUCUUGCCUUCCUGUUUCCUCCCCCCUCUCCAUCUUCAACCUUCCCCCCACCCUCUCUCUCUCUCUCUCUCUCUCUAUAUAUAUAUAUAUACACACACUAGCUAGACAAUACCCAGAGUACAAGAUGAGAUGAUCAGUUGAGCCAUUCUACAGAUAGAUCAAUCAACAAAGGCUGCAGCCUGCAGCAGCAACACCAACAGCAAUAUAUAUAGCAAGUUACCAACAUAUAUAUUUUCAUAUUGAUAUUCAGAGAGAGAGAGAGAGAGAGGGAAAUGGCUUCAAAUUCCUGGGUCCGAACCAUCACUUCUCCCUUCAAAAAAGCUUGUACUUUCUUCAAUCACCAGCCCACCUCCGCCAGGGAUCCCAACAAGAAGUCCCACCACCACCACCACCACCAAAUAAGCUUAUAUGUACAAUUUUUAUUUAUAUGGCUUCAUAUAUAUAUAUAUAUAUAUGUAUAUGUAGAAGUAGGGGAGCAUAAGGAUAGGACCAUGGGUCUGCAGGGAGAAGUGAUGGCCUGCGGCUAUGAAGAUGUGCAGGUGAUGUGGUCCAUACUGGACAAGUCCAACUCCGCCAAGCCCAGAACCUGCAACAUCUCUUCUUAAUAUCCAAAUCAUCUCUAUAUACCUCGACCUUCGUCUUCAUCAAUCUGUAGAUAUAUAUUGCGAGCUCUGCUGAUUAGCUCUGUGGUAAUCCUCCUCCUCAUCCUCAUCUUGUUUUACAACUGAUGACGAGAUGAACAGAGAAGAAAAAAGAACCCAAAAAAAAAAAAACAGAAGAAGAAGAGAUGGAUGGAUGGUUGUAAUUUUGCUAUCGUAUUCGUACGUGUUGUUUGGCUUUGGUUUCCAACAUGUGUGGUUGAUGUCCAUUUGUCUGUAUGUUAGGGAGGGAGGGAGGGAGAGUGAAUCCCCGUGAUGAUCAAUGACAAAUCAUGGCGAGAUUUUUAUGUAUUUUAAUUUUUAUUUAUCAUUCUUCUCUC